AUGGGAAAUACAAACACUUCUGUGAGGAGAAGUGGAGACAUUCACUCCUCUCCAUCUGCUGUGAAUCGUGGAAUGGCCAAUAGGAACCGACAACAAGAUCACUCUCGUGACCUCCCUUCUUCUUCUUCUUCUUCUGCUGUUCCUCCAAUGUCGAGAAAACGAGACGCGAAAAGUCUUGUCUUUAUGAAGAACAAGACCACCACCGAAACCGAGUCAUCAUUCUCCUCUCCUUCCCAAUUAAUAUUACAAGAACAGGAUCCUCUCUCAUCGGUUUCUUCAUUACCAGAGACAACUACCAGCACCACCACCACUACCAGCAGCAGCAACACCACCACUCCACAAUCUCAUAAAUCGCUUCAAACACCUCCCUUUGAUAAUGAUAUCUCCUCUUCGAAGAAUAGUAUUCAUCCUACGAGCUCAUCAUCUCCUUCAAUUUCAGUCAAGAAGAACAAGUUGUUGUUCUUUCAAACAUCCCCUCAAUCGCCAUCCUCGUCGAACACCUCCUCCUCACGCGAGAGAAAGAAUCAUCGAGGUAAAUCGCCAGGACAACAACAACAAGAUCGAAAGAAGGAAAUUCUCUCCUUUACCUUGAAUACUACUACUAAUGGAUGUAGGGUGGAUAAGGCUUCAACAACAACUGUGAAUUCAACUCAUGUACAACAACAACAACCUCAACCACGACAACCUCAACAACAACAUCAUCAUCAUCAUCAUUUUGACUCAACUCAUCCACACCGAACAGGGUCUGAGGCUGAUGAAGACGAGAACGAAGAGGAUUUGGAAGAAUCUGAAAUUAUUGAAGGAGGAGAUAACGCCAGCGAUAGGGUGGAUGACAUGGAAGAACGCUCUAGCAUGUUCCGACGAUUUAGUAGUAUUCUAGGUGAUGAUGAAAUGCUCUUUGAUUUGUAUUGUGGAAGUGUUCUUCAGAUGCAAUCAAUGACGUCGUCGAUCUCGAGAAGAAGGAAUAAUCAAGACGAGAAUUUCCAAUUGAAAGAGGAUUUCCAUAAUGAGAAUCUUUAUGGAGAUCAUGAUGAUCCUCCUUCUCCUCAUGCCCCCACAGGUCUAACACCACCUUCAUGCUCCUGCACGUACGGAAGUGCCACAACCACACAACCACACACUCAUCAUCAUGCUUGUUGUUCUGGCACUCAACAGAGACAUCAGCAUGACAAGUCUUCGUCCAUCACAAGUGCGUCGACGAGUGUGGUUUCUGCAGGUUCGAGCCACUUCUCUUCUUAUUCGUUGAGUCUUCAUCCUCACUCAGCGAGUAGUGGUUCCUUGUCACUGAUUGGACAGAGAGCACGUGCAAUUCAAGGGAUGGGAACAGUACAGAGCUCGGCCAGUAUGAAUUCAUUGUAUUCUUCUUCUUCUUCGUGUUUGAACCAUAAUCACAUGUCCUCAUCGGCCCUUACAAAACAAUCACCUUCUUACAAUGAUCAAUCCAUUGCAAUUUUGAAAGACUUAAUAAACGUAAAUACAGGAGGUGGUCUUUGA